CAUUUGGUGCCUAAGCUAACAACCUCAGUUCCCCACGACCAGCAUGACAUCGGCGCCGGCCAUGGCCACCCCCGCCGCCCUCUCCGACCCCGAGGCGCUCUCCGACUUCCACCCCGGCGCAAAGCGACCGGCCUCGCUGCUCGGCCGGGCGCGCGGCAACCUGACGUUCCGGUCGGUGUGGUCGGAGCUCAACGGCGCCAUGGGCGACCUGGGCACCUACAUCCCCAUCGUGCUCUCGCUGUCGCUCUCCCGCCACCUCGACCUCGGCACCACGCUCAUCUUCACCGGCAUCUACAACGCCGUCACGGGCCUCGUCUACGGCGUGCCCAUGCCGGUCCAGCCCAUGAAGUCCAUCGCCGCCGCCGCGCUCUCCGACCCGUCGUUCGACAUCCCCGAGAUCAUGGCCGCCGGCAUCCUCACCGCCGCCUUCGUCCUCCUCCUCGGCGUCACCCGCCUCAUGAAGCUCGUCUACUGGUUCGUGCCGCUCCCCGUCGUCCGCGGCAUCCAGCUCGCGCAGGGCCUCAACUUCGCCAUGGCUGCCGUCAAGUACAUUCGCUACGAGCAAGACCUCAGCAAGGGCAAGUCCGCGGGGAGGCGCCCCUGGGCCGGACUAGAUGGCCUCGUGCUCGCCCUCGCCGCCGUUUGCUUCAUCGUCCUCGUCAACGGCGCCGGCGAAGACCAAGUCCAAGUGGCACCGGGCACCAUUGCCGCCGCCCAAGAAGAAGAAGGAGGACAAGGAAACAACAGCCGCAGGAGCUGGAGGCGUCGCUGGGCGUCGGCGAUCCCGUCGGCGGUGAUCGUGUUCGUGCUGGGCGUGGUGUUCGCCAUCAUCCGGCAUCCAGCGGCGGUGAAAGAGCUGCGCCUUGGGCCAUCGAGGAUGCGGGUGGUGCACAUUCCGAGGGAGGCGUGGAAGCAGGGGUUCAUCAAGGGCGCGGUGCCGCAGAUCCCUCUGUCAGUGCUCAACUCGGUGGUGGCCGUAUGCAAGCUGACGCGCGACCUGUUCCCGGAGAAGGAGGCGUCGGCGACGUCUGUGUCGGUGACCAUGGGCGCCAUGAACCUGGUGGGCUGCUGGUUCGGCGCCAUGCCGUGCUGCCACGGCGCGGGCGGGCUGGCGGGGCAGUACAAGUUCGGCGGCCGGAGCGGCGCGUGCGUGGCUGCACUUGGCGGGCUCAAGCUGGCGCUGGGGCUGCUCCUCGGCGGCUCGGUGCUGCGCGUGCUCACCAACUUCCCGGUCGGGCUGCUCGGCGUGCUGCUGCUGUUCGCCGGCGUGGAGCUGGCCAUCGCUGCCAGGGACAUGUCGACCAAGGCGGAGGCGUUCGUCAUGCUCGUCUGCACCGCCGUCUCGCUCGUCGGCUCCAGCGCCGCGCUGGGCUUCCUCUGCGGCAUGGUGGCGCACGGCCUGCUGCUGCUCAGGACAUGGACAGUUUCUUCCAUGUAAAAAAUGAGAACUCUGCAUACAUGUACAGUAACCAAUUCAGGCGUAAUGAAAGCUUUCCAAUUUCUAAAAAUA